GAUACAACAACGAAAAGACAUCAAUCUUUCCGAGCAUAGUAAUUGGGCUCAAUUUUAUAUUGUUCAAGUGAAAAGGGAAGAGAGGUUUCAAUACCAACAUUGAUAAUCCUAGAACGGGAUGUCUUUCACCAUCUCACGUAGUGGUAAGCAAUUGGCCAUCACACGAUUAACUAAAAAUAGGGACCUGCCUUCUCUAACACGUUCGUUUCCUCUGCCUCUGCCCCCAAAAAUUUCAACGGAAAAAAUAAAAUCCCAUCCCCAGUCACAGGGGAAAACUCCCAAUUUCCCUCCCAAAAGCCAACACCCACCAGAAAACACAAACAAACAAUAAGCAGCUCCCUCCCUCUUUCUCGCGUCAACAAACAGAAAAUCCCAGGAAAAACAAACAAUCUCACACACGCAAAUCCUCCUCUCUCACAUUUUCCCCUCCUCUGGUCUGGAUGAAUGAGUCUGUUGGACAGGUUCAGAUCCCAGGCCCCAUCCACUCCGACGCAGGCCACCAUGAUGAAGAGCCUCCACGACUCUGACCACUUUCAGGCUGCAACGGCGGAAACCCCCAGAUCGCAGCAGACGGCCUUGUCGCAGGUGGCCGACGCGUUCGAGGAGCUGGCCGAUCACCUGGCAAAAUCCAGCCGGAGAAACAACGACGCUGGAUCGCCACAACAACAAGAGGAAGACGGAGAAGAAGAAGAAGAAGAAGAAGAAGAAGAAGGAGAGCCGGAGCUUCGAUUGGAUUCCUUCUGUCAGGCAUGCUCUUUGGUCUCCGUCCUCUUCAGCUGCCUCGGUCUCGCUUUUAAAUUCGCCGAGACAGAGUACGUCGCCAAGGUGCGUGAUCUGGUUGAAGCGUCCAAGACGUUCGAGAAUCUGCAGAAUGUGGUGGAUGUGGAUGCAGCCAACGGGACGGUGAGAACUGCAGGCAGCCAUACCAGGAACCUGCGCCGGGUUCGUCAAGGUCUCGACCUGAUCAGGGGAAUCUUCCAACAAUUCGUCGCCUCCGACGAUAAUUCGUUGAAGGAUGCUGCGACCACAGCUUACGCGCAAAUCUGCGCUCCUUACCACACCUGGGCGAUACGGACGGCGGUUUACGCCGGAAUGUACACGCUCCCCACGCGGGAGCAGCUUCUGGUGAGGCUGGAAGAAAGUGAGCAGUCAGCGGAGAAGAAGAUGAAGAGGUACAUCCAGGCUUCGCUUCCAGUGAUCCAGUACAUCGACAGGCUUUACACUUCCAGGAAUAUCACCUUGGAUUGGUAAGCUCCACCAAUUCUUGUGAAUUUUGAAUGGCUGCAGCCUAGCUCUCUCCCCUGUUGCUUCAGAAACAGAGCAACUCAAUCCCCUGCCGCCGGCCAGCAUUUCGGCCAGUUUGUUGUAUUUUACUACCUGUAACUGGUUGCAACUUGCAAACCACAUUCUUCACCAUAUUAGACUCUUAGGAUUCAUUUUGUAAACAAAACCCCCUCGAUUCCUUUUGUAGACAACACCAAUAUUAUAUGUAACUUGUGUGUACAUACAAACAGUUGUCUGCAGAAAAAAGCAAGUUUUGCAAGAUCAUCCCAAGAAAACUCAGAGAAAUGAGUUUUGAAUAGGCUGUCUAUGGAACUCGCAAGAGCACUUUUAUUCUUAUCUUUAACACAACUAGCCGAGAGCAUAAGUAAACUCUGUGAUGAGGGAACGACACCCUUUUCAGCUCAGAAGCAAAAUGAAUGAUUAUAUUACAAUUAGUGAAAACUGGGGAAUGAAAAGAAGAAGAAAAGAAAGAAGCAGGUUUCCUCAGGCUUACGGAAAUCGAAUUGAAUACACUCUAUCUUGCCCGGUGAUUGAAUUGAUCCAACCUAUCCCCUCGUAGCAGCUACGGCUUUCCUACAUAGUGAGGCUUUCAGGAUUCUCAAUGAUCUUUGAGAAUGUCUGGAGGAAGGCAGCCAAGUCAGCACCGUACACAAUCCGAUGAUCAGCUGUUACAUUCACCUGCAACACAAACAGAUGCAUCGGUUUCAAUUGAAAUACCGGUAAAACCAUGGAAGAUGCAAGAAAAAGAAACGUGAAAGAACAGA